AUGAACCUGUCGCUAUACACCAUUACCGGCUUUCUAAUCAUGGACACGGAUGGCCACCGGGUCCUCGCCAAGUACUACCACCCCAAGAGCCAUCCUCAGGCCGAGUCCCCGAAGCUACGCUACGUGAAGGAGCAGCGGGCAUUUGAGAAGGGGCUUUACCACAAGACGAAGAAAGCGGGAGGGGAUAUCAUUCUCUACGAUUCUCAUCUAGCAGUCUACAAACACUCGUUAGACUUGAUUUUUUAUCUCAUUGCCGACCCGGUCGAAAACGAGCUCAUGGUGCAUUCCGCGCUGACGGCCCUCUAUGACGCCGUACAUCUCCUCCUCCGAAACCAGGUAGAGAAGAGGGGAGUGUUGGAGAAUCUCGAUUUGGUAUUGUUGUGCUUGGAUGAGACGAUUGACGAUGGUGUCAUAGUGGAAACGGAUCCCGCCGCAAUUGCAUCGCGGGUGAGUAGACCGAGGGCCGAUACGACGGAGAUAGUCAUCAACGAGCAGACAAUCAUGAACGCAUACAUGACGGUCAAAGAGAAGAUGCAACAGCGGAUAGGACAGCUGUGA